AUGUAUAUCAAUCUUUUGACGGCGGCUAGUUUUUUUGCUGUGGUGCUUGCGAGCCCGCAGUUGGAGAGACGACAGGAUGUUGAUUCCUCCGCCAUCGCUUCCAGAAUUUCCUCUCUCUCCUCCGCCCUCAUCCCCAACCCAUCCCUCGCCGCCCAACUAAGCAGCAUCCCCGCCUCCGUCCAAUCCCUCCAAUCCUCUCCCUCCGGCUUCGCACAACUCGAACAAGAAUUCAUCAGUUCCUUCCCCGCUUGGUAUACUUUCCUCUCCCCCGCCGCCCAAACCUACAUUCUCAGCGCCGGCCCUGCAAAAGCCAGCAUUUUCUCUCUCGAAUCCCUCUUAUCCGCUGCAUCCGCAUCCGCACCCGUUACUACCUCCGCCCCCGCCGCCCCAACCAUCACCGCUCCCCUCACCGGCAUCAUCAACGGAACCACCGCGACCCUCAUCCCGAUCACGGGCUCAGGAGGCCUAACAACUGCGAGCGGAAAUAGUACGGUGACGACGAAGAAAUUAAGUGCAUCGGCUACGACGGAGACGGAAACUGGGACGGGAGCGAAAACUACGGAGUCGAGUGCGAAGACGAGUGAGACGGGGAAGAACGGGGGGGGGACACCAAGUCCCAUUCAGAGCUCGAGUAAGGCCGGGGCGGCGCAGGUUACGGGGGUGUUGGGGGGAGUGCUGGUGGGGGCGGUGGGGUUGGUGUGGGUUUUGUAG